CCUAUACUUAAUAAAUCAUGGGAACUUUGUGCGUAUUUCGAUUAAAACCGUAAACCGACCCGAAAGAGAGAAUAUAAGACACAAACAGAGAAACAAUACUGAACGAAAUUCGAGUUCGAGGAUCUCUCAGAACCCGUACAUUUGAUUCGAAACCAAGUUAUGUAUCAAUGGAGGAAGUUCGAGUUUUUCGAGGAGAAAUUGGCGGGCAAGUGCGCGAUUCCCGAUGACGUCCAAGGCAAGAUCCAGUGCUGCUCCAGUGGAAGAGGGAAGGUCGUGAUCGGCUCCGAAGACGGCGCCGUAAGCCUUCUCGACAGAGGUCUCAACUUCAAUUAUGCUUUCCAAGCUCACUCUUCCUCUGUUCUUUUCCUUCAGCAGCUCAAGCAACGGAACUUUUUGGUAACCAUUGGAGAAGACGAACAAGUUUCUCCACAGCAAUCCGCUAUUUGCCUUAAGGUUUUUGACCUUGAUAGGAUGCAACCCGAAGGGUCAAGCUCAAUUACUCCUGAUUGCAUUGGAAUCUUACGCAUAUUCACCAAUCAGUUUCCUGAGGCCAAGAUUACAUCAUUUUUAGUCCUUGAAGAAGCCCCGCCAAUAUUGCUGAUAGCUAUUGGCCUAGAUAACGGUGGCAUUUAUUGCAUCAAAGGGGACAUUGCACGGGAACGUAUCACCCGUUUCAAGCUUCAGGUGGAUGGUUCUUCUGACAAGAGCCAAUCCUCAAUUACUGGUCUGGGGUUUAAGGUGGAUGGUCAAACCCUUCAGUUAUUUGCUGUGACUCCAACCUCAGUGACUUUGUUUAGCUUACAAAGUCAACCCCCGAAACGGCAGACCCUUGAUCAGAUUGGAUCCAUUGUUAAUGUUGCAAUGAGUGAUCGUUCGGAAUUGAUAGUUGGGAGACCAGAGGCCGUGUACUUUUAUGAAGUUGAUGGCCGUGGUCCUUGUUGGGCUUUUGAAGGAGAGAAGAAAUUCCUGGGGUGGUUUCGUGGAUACCUUUUGUGUGUUAUUGCAGAUCAAAGAAAUGGAAAAAACACAUUCAACAUAUAUGACCUGAAGAAUCGAUUAAUUGCACAUAGCCUUGUGGUUAAAGAAGUUUCUCACAUGCUUUGUGAAUGGGGCAACAUAAUUCUAAUUAUGUCUGAUAAGUCAGCUCUAUGCAUUGGUGAAAAGGACAUGGAAAGCAAGUUAGAUAUGCUCUUUAAAAAAAACCUUUAUACUGUAGCUAUCAACCUUGUACAAAGUCAGCAAGCUGAUGCUGCUGCAACUGCAGAAGUUCUAAGGAAAUAUGGGGAUCAUCUAUAUAGCAAACAAGAUUAUGAUGAGGCCAUGGCUCAGUAUAUUCUUACUAUCGGGCACCUUGAGCCUUCUUAUGUGAUACAGAAGUUCUUAGAUGCACAAAGAAUAUACAACCUUACAAAUUACCUGGAAAAAUUACACGAAAAGGGGCUUGCUUCGAAGGAUCACACAACUCUUCUACUGAACUGUUAUACCAAAUUGAAAGAUGUUGAAAAGUUAAAUGUAUUUAUAAAAAGUGAGGAUGGUGUUGGAGAACAUAAGUUUGAUGUAGAGACUGCCAUUAGGGUUUGUCGUGCUGCUAAUUAUCAUGAGCAUGCAAUGUAUGUUGCUAAGAAGGCAGGGAGGCAUGAAUUGUACUUGAAAAUCUUGCUUGAAGAUCUUGGUAGAUAUGAUGAAGCCUUGCAGUAUAUUUCAAGCCUUGAACCAAGUCAAGCAGGGGUAACAAUUAAAGAGUAUGGUAAGAUUCUCAUAGAGCACAAGCCUGUUGAGACAAUUGAGAUACUCAUGAGGCUCUGCACUGAAGACGGAGAAUCAACCAAGAGAGAGGGCUCAAAUGUUGCAUACUUAUCUAUGCUGCCAUCUCCUGUUGAUUUUCUGAACAUCUUCAUCCAUCAUCCAGAGUCUUUAAUGGAUUUUCUUGAAAAGUAUACUGACAAGGUGAAAGACUCACCUGCUCAAGUAGAAAUUCACAACACACUCUUGGAGUUGUACUUGUCCAAUGAUUUGAACUUCCCAUCAAUUUUGCAAGCUGAGAAUGAUGUUGACUUAAGUCUUAUGGUAAAAUCAGGAACGCGUGUGUUGUCAAGAGCUGAGUCUAAUGGGAAAGCAGUUGAUGCUAGCAAAAACUUAACUAAGGAAAAUGACCUUUUGGAAAGGCAGAAAAAGGGGCUGCAAUUGCUAAAGAAUGCAUGGCCAUCGGAGCUAGAACAUCCUCUAUAUGAUAUUAAUCUUGCAAUAAUUCUCUGUUUAAUGAAUUCCUUUAAAGAGGGGCUUCUGUAUAUAUAUGAAAAGAUGAAAUUAUAUAAGGAGGUGAUUGCUUGCUACAUGCAAACUCAUGACCAUGAGGGACUGAUUGCAUGCUGCAAAAGAUUGGGGGAUUCAGGCAAGGGAGGGGACCCAUCUCUUUGGGCAGACCUGCUGAAAUAUUUUGGCGAACUUGGGGAAGAUUGCUCUAAGGAAGUGAAGGAAGUCCUAACCUAUAUAGAAAGGGAUGACAUCUUACCUCCCAUUACUGUUCUUCAAACUUUGUCCAGAAAUCCAUGUCUGACGAUCUCUGUCAUUAAGGAUUACAUUGCUCGAAAACUUGAACAAGAGUCAAAGCUUAUUGAAGAGGACCGACGAGCUAUUGAUAAGUAUCAGGAAGAUACAACGACCAUGAGGAAAGAAAUCCAGGAUCUUAGGACAAAUGCCAGAAUCUUUCAGCUCAGUAAGUGCACUGCGUGCACUUUCACCCUUGACCUCCCUGCUGUACACUUUAUGUGUAUGCACUCAUUCCAUCAGCGUUGCCUUGGAGAUAAUGAAAAAGAAUGUCCUGAAUGUGCCCCUGAGUACAGGUCUGUUCUAGAAAUGAAGAGAAACUUAGAACAGAACUCCAAAGACCAAGAACUAUUCUUCCAACAGGUAAAGAGUUCUAAAAAUGGAUUUUCUGUAAUUGCUGAGUACUUUGGCAAGGGGAUCAUUAGCAAGACCAGUAUUGCAACCACAGGUACAUCGCAAACAGUUAAUACUUCUUCCGCUAGCAGCUUCCAAAGUUUCCCAUAAGUUAAAUUAUACACCUGUCAAACCCAUCCAAUUUUCGAAAUAUGGGGUUUGAUUGUGGAUUUGUGUGAGUUGGAGUUUUGGUUUUGUGAGUAUUGUACUGAAAAUUGAUCUUCCUGCCCAACCUUUAGGUUGAAGCAAUUAGCUAGCUAUCAAAAAGUGAGAAAUUGUAUGGUUUCUUGAUUGUGUUAAAACACAAAGGAAGUGUUGGAUUCUUUUCUUCUUUCAAUGAGCAUGUACAAGGAUGUAAAAUUUAUUUAUUUGUUUUUUCCCCCAAGUGUGUGAAGUUAUUGUGAACAAUCUAUCAUUCUCUAUCUUCUUACAGAUGUAAUCCUUUCAAAUGCAGUCUUUAAAUAAUAUUAUAACAUGCAUAUACUUCCUUCUCUC